UGGCCCAGUAACCAAAAUACACAAUCGCCAACGUAGACACGCACUGUCAACGCAGCAUGCAUCAUCAGUGUCUGAGCUGAAGUAAAAGUAAACUUUUGUUUUGAUUUGACAUUCACCGAUAAGUGGUAUUCGUCUUUUUGAAGUUGACGAACGACUACCUGAUACAUAGGGAUACAUAGACCCUAUCUUGAUUAUAUUUUGAGAUUGACUAAGUCUAAAGAUUUAAUAUUCAACGAUGUCAGAGUCUGUGACUGUGGAUUGCGAAUCCUCUUCUCAUCCAUCAAAGUUGCGCAGUUUGCUUUCCAAUAACGCCGUGAGGAGCGGACCGGGUUAUCUGACAGCUGAGCCCGAGGCGUCGGACCAAACUUUCACCAAUCACAGAAUUACAUGUAGCCCUAACUUGAGGCAUGGCAAUCUCGGUGAAUGUGGCUCGGGUUAUUUGUUGUCAGUGCCAUGCAACGUACCUGUUCAAGAAGUCAACAGUCAUGGGCGUUUUAGAAACCUGAUGUUGAACUAUGGAGAGGAUGAAAAUAAUGCAUCAUUGAAUAAUAAUAUCAACAUCGACACAGGUAGAGAUUUAUAUUCUCACGAUAAACCAGGAUUUGGUGUGAAUGGAUAUGAAGUAUCGUCAUCGUUGCCAAGCCCGAUGCCAACUUCGACUCCGAUUACCAUGAACACUUUGCCCAUCUUCAUGUCACCUAUGGAAGCGGUGAAACCAUGUCCUCAAUACUGCCGAUGUCAUGGCUUCAACUCAGUCUCAUCACCAGAUUACAAUGGAAACGUGUAUCAAAUGCCUGAUCUACUUCACAACACAAAACCAGAUCAGUUUUCUUCCACGGGUACGUCAUCGACUAUGUGCUUGAAUUCUCCGUUGGUUUGCCCAGGUCAUUUCCAACCUAUGACAUCUUCUAGCUUGAAAACCUCCUUGCCAUCACCUGCGAAUGAGGGCGUGGAUGUUGGUUCAUCUUCUACCAGUUCGUUGUCUACCACACCCAUUGUAAAUGAUCCGAAGUCUCUUUCCAAUGAACAACAGGGUCCGGUGUAUCCAAUAGAGGUUGUCCCAUCUGAUUGGCUAUCCACUCUAGUCAAGAAAGGCAUUGUCAAUGAGGGCAAUGAACUUGAACCUGCAACACCAGCGACGAUGAAUUCGGUUUCAGAGGCAGAGGCAGACAGUUCCCAAACAUCUUUGCCUGCACCACUUUCUCCUACUUCCUCCCAGAACUAUGGUAUACUGGAUGGAUCUUCCUCGCAAAAUCUAGAGAACUCUCCAUCCAUUGAUGUUGCCACCAGCAAGCAACAAACCACACAAUAUCGUGAUAUCUAUCCUCGCAUAUACCCUGGGGUCUACCCGAGGCGUCCUGAUGUUGAUCAACAACCAAACUUCACUGUAUAUGGUCCGUCCAAUAUCCCUCCAUAUCCACCACCUGAAUACCCCUCCCAUCAUUCUCUCCCGAAGUAUCUCUUCCCGGCCUCGUUUGGAAACGAUCCUGGCCCUUCACCACCAAGGCCAGGGUACCACCACCAUCCGAUGAUGAUGUCCCCCAUGCACCACGCCCAGCCACCCUCAGGAUUCUUCCACGGGAUUGGCAAUUUAGUCAUGGAUAAACAAUUUCCUCGCAUGCCGAUCCCUCAGCGCCCUUUGCCCCGUGAUAUGAUGGUUGAUGGCGAGGUUGAUGACCACGGUAGUCCCUUCAAUUCUGGAGAUGAUCAACGUGUUAAAAGACAGAGGGUUCCACACCAGGGAGGACGUUUGGUAGACCAAUUCCCUGAUCUCUUGCCUGCAGUCGCUUGGUGCAUCAACUAUUCGCAGACCAGCUCUUCCACAACACUGACUGCGGAGCAUAUUCGCAAGAUCGUCAUUGAAAGCGUUCCUGGGAUCAAAGAUCGCGGCGGUAUCAGCUUGAGCGUAAUUAGAAGACUAAUCCGUCAGGCAAAGAACAUGCCCAACAAAGUCGGCUUUGAUCAGACAGAAACAACCAAGACAUCUACGAUGGGAGAGGCGUCAAUUUCGCUGAUGAAGCUAGCUGAGAGGGCGCUAGAUUCAAACUCAGAAGGAAACACCACUGAGCUUCCACAAGAUCCUGUGGUUUCGUCCUUACGCUACGUGAACAAUACUGCUGGUUCUGAUGCGAAGCAACCCGCUGAACCAGUCUUGCUGUCCAUCAUGAAAUUGGUGGACACCAUUCCUAAGGCGAGGGUCAGAUCAAAGGCGUCUAAGAAAGUGAAAAGCGCCGAUCGAUCACUUGGUAACGACGCGAAACCAAAGUUAGGUUCAACAGCUUCAAAAUACUCCAAUGACAACGGUUCAACCAGCGACUCAUCGUUCCAGUCACUCAUGGAAGCACAUGGUAUCGCAGAAGAUGAAGUUAAAAGUUUGAGCAACGUCACGGAAUCAUUCCAUUCACCUAGACCAGCUGAUUAUGGAGAACGCUCUGUGGAAAUCGAUUCGGCCAAUGAUCCCUCCAACGAUGACCGCGUGAGAUGUGAUGAUAGCGAAGGUGAUUACGUCAUUGUCAUCGACGAAGAUGAUGACCAAAACACCCUAAAGAUAACAUACUAGGUGCCUUUUCGCAUCCAACAUUUCCAUAAGAUCGCUGGGGUCGAUGUUCGCGUUUUUGUAAUAACUUCGUGAAUAUACUUCAUGUUCUGCUAACAUCCGCAGAGUGGCGUCGAAUUCAAUCGCCGAUUGCUGAACUAGCUGAAAGGUCGUUGAUGAAUUGUUGCUGUUGCUGAAUAUUUCGGCAAUUUACUCCAUUUUUGAAGGGGAGGUCCACUGAUCGUUGUUAUAAAGGAACUUACGGGUCAGUGGAAAUAUUCAGAUUUAAAGAGCAUAGGAAGCUAGUUGUGAUGAGUCGAAAGUAAAAUGACAUUUUAGUAACUUACGAGAUGAACCCACGAAUUCUCUUUAAAUAACGCAUAUUAUAGUAAAAUGAAAAAGAUGAUUGUGAUAAUUCAAUAGACUUCACCAUAAGCCAGGGGUGGAUCUAUGAUUGAGUGGGGGAUGACCAAAAACCAUUUGCUAAGAAUAAGGAUUAGAUAUGGGGACAAGCCCCUCCCGCCCCCCUAAAAAAACUAGAUUAGCCUCGGGCUAUUGCCAAAUCGUUGCAUUAUCUAACAAUAUAACUAAUAUUUGCCACAAUUAUAUACUACAAUACUUAUGUGCAAUUUGUAAUAACUCAGUCAUCAGUAUUAUCUUUUACCCUAUUCGAAUUGCAAUAUUGUACGAUAAAAAAAUGUAUUCUGAGAUCGUCAUUUUACAUAGCCAGGGAGGGCAUUUCACGUUACAUCUCAACGCUUAAAAAAGUAAAAAUGUUAGAAUGUAUCUCGACCCAGGCCCAUAUACCGCCGUUGAUGUAUCAAUGCUGAAACAUAUUAUUUCAAACAAUUCUUAUAACAAUAUGAUUCGUUGAAACUUUGCAGACCGGCAUUCACCUCUCCUUUUUCUUUCUUUUGUUUUUAGCAGUUUCCAAAGGAUUUUGUUUGUAACCUAAUGUAUGAAUGCACGGUGCCAAACACAUCAGUCAAAUAAUGUAUUUGACUGACCUCAUUUAACACAGAAUUAUCAGCAAACCUUCGUUCUAUGCUCUUGAAGCAUUUAGUCAAUUAUAAUAUAGCUCAAUAAGCUAUAGCUCAUAUUUCAGUUGUUCGGAAAAAUUAUGCAUAACGUUUUGAACAGCUCUCAUGAUAAAACGUUCACGCGUUGCCUUAAGAGGUAAAUCUGUUUAUUUUCCCCUUUUUGUUGGGGGAGGGUGGGCGUGGUUGCUUGCUUAUUGAUUUCGAUCAUAUACUUUAAAAUCACCGAACCAGAUCAACGUUUGCGAGUCAAUUCUUGUUCAAGUAUGUGACAAAAAAUAUGUUGUUCUCGUCUUGUACGUCUGUCGGACUGUUUGACGAUAAUGCAGUUCAUUUCUAAUGUGCCUGAAAAAGUGAUGGUGAUCGGUUUGAAAAAAAAAUAAAAUGAAAGUAAAAUGAAUAAGCAUUGGUCUUGUAAGCCUACGCGAAGAGGGCUGCACAAUUCCUGUCGGUAGGGGUGCAUAAUGGGAUGAGGAUUGACAGGUUUUUACAUUCAAAGGCCUAUACGUAUAUUAUCAUGUGAAGGUGCACUCCUCCCACAAAUGAUACGACGUAAUGUAUACAUCAUAUGCCAUUUUCUGACUGCAUUUAGUAAUGAUACUUAGAAUUAUGCUCUAAAUCUCAUAAAACCCGUUUGUAAUGUUUUGUCUAGAUUGAAUACUGGCUUAAGCGAAAAGGAGUUACAGAAGUGUUCUUAUUAAAUUCAUUACCUAGUGUUGGUUUUCGGUCUCAUUCAGGCAACAAUAUAAGAUGGGAACAGAUGAAGAAAUUAUGAAUAAGAAAUCGAACUUUCAGGAAUUAUGUUCGUCUGUCAACGAGUGGACCUCAUCGAAACGGUGCCGAAUGAAUUUCCUUGCAAGUUUAGACUUCUUAUUGAUCAUUUCUUGCUCUGUUUUACAUAAGAAUGAAUAAUCUGUCUGGCUUUAUAAGAAGGUAUUUCUGCUUGUUGUUAGUCAUUGGGCCAAGGAACCAGUUUCAUAAAAUUUAGGAUUGAAUGUCAUUUUGUCAGUAUUGUAACUUCCAAGGAAACUUUGGUAUUGAUUAAAUGCAUAAUCAUUGAUACUUUUGGGGCAAAGUUUCCAAACUCCUUUAUGAAGAAGGCUAACAUUCCUACUUCAAGGCUUGACUAUUUUUGUUUUGUUUUCAUACAAUAUUGUGGUGAUACGCCAAUCACUUGUUACGUGUACAAUAGAAACCAACAGUAGAUAGGUGUUCUGUAGUUGUAGUUUUGACCUCGUUCGUGCUGUUAUAUUCAACUAUUUGUUAUCAUGGUUAAUAAACGUUUUUUGUCAACAA